AAUCUCGUACGGGGGCACCCCGGCGGAGACGAAAAGGGAGAACCGCUCGACUAUUUCGCCUACUACGACGAGGGGGUCGUGGUCCCUGACCGACGCGAGGGUAACGAGCAAAAUUUGGAAGUUGGUGAACAAUCUGGAGGAGGAGGAGGAGGAGGAGGAACGAAAAGAAAGUUGGACUUGGAAGAGGCGGAAGAGGGUGAGUUCCAAUUAAUGCCCACUUCCACCGCUACCCACAGCCCAGACGGAGUCUCUCCUCCAAAGAAGAUUCCCCGGGGCCCGUUGCCACGGAGCGUUGUUUGGGGUGUGCCUGACGACAAACCCAAAAAGCAACGCAGUUCUCCGAUAAUUAGCUCGGUAAGACAGGAGCAACAAGCUAUGAGGUUCCAAGUCUCCUCAUUGGCUGACGAAUUGAGUCGAAAGCUGCAGUUCCUUCACGUCAGUAGCGACGGUGUGUCAGACAUGCAGAUCCUACAAGUGGAAGUCAAGACCACACCCACAACCCGCAAAACCGGUUUUUCAAACUGGUCAACCGUCAACCACUCCCUCUCGUCCCCAAACAAUGACUUCAUCGCAAGCUCCACCCGUGACGUCACCGGGCCCCACCCAAACGAUUACAUCGCCAUCAUCUGUUGCCACGGUAACCAAGAAACGGUGAAAUCUGCAGCUCUCCCUCAUCAGGUGACGCGUGCGCUGGUCACCCCGGAGAUGAAGCAGUUGGCAAAGGUCGCCGCUGCCACGGCCAAAAAAAAGGAGAGAAACAGAAAAAGGAUGUGGCCACGCCUACUGGAGCAUUUCUCGAGGGAGGGGAGAUGGUCCGGCUCCUAUGGUGGGUUCAUCUUUUGA